UGGAAAGAGAUUGACAGAGACAAGGCCAAGGGCAAAAGGGCAUUUGGAAAAAGAACAUAAACUAUCUUCCCCCUUUCCCCAUUUUCAAGGCCACAGAGAGUGCUUUGUGGCAGAGGCUUACAGGGUCCCUUAGUGGGGCACAGCUCUCUAGGUGUGCAACCUGUGCCAGGGCUCCACGUGUUCUAAAGAUGGCGGCACAUCGGAGUUGGCUUUUUGUGAGCUUCUUUCUCCUUGAGGUUCUUCUGUUGGAGGCUGCAAAAAUCCUGACUAUAUCUACACUGAGUACCAGCCAUUAUAUACUGAUGAACCGUGUAUCGCAAAUUCUUCAUGGCAGUGGUCAUAAUGUGACCAAACUUCUUUAUGAAGGUGGUGAUAUCCCAGAUUUUAGAAAUGAAAACUCAUCAUACCAGAUUAUUAAUUGGCGUCUACCUGAAGAUCAGCAAAAGACAUUUGAUAACAGAUGGCAUCAACUUAUAGAAGAAUUUGUUUAUGGGAGGUAAUUUGUUCCAAUUCUUUGAACUUAAGUAUUAGUAAUCUAACUUACAAAUUGGUAGGGGAUGGAUGCAUGAUGCUUUGAGUGAGCUUAAGAGAAAGGAUGAUUUGGUGAGCUGAUGGAUAUGGGGAUGAAUGUGUUUGAAUUGUGCAUGGUAGUUGACUCAUAGGUAGAUAAAUGAUGGGUUGGAGUAAUUCUCUAGAAUGUGGGAGCUGUGCCUUUUAUGCCUUAUUAUUUACAAGUUUACCUGUCAAGAAGUUUCCAGUACUGUCACUUCAACUUCUCUACUCAGGGAAAGUAGAGCCACCCCCUUCAAUGAACUGUGUCAUUUUCUUUCGUAAAUCCAGUAAUGGAGGCAAUGCCAGCAAAACCUACUUGAAUAAGAAUUCAUAGAUGCUUCAACCUCCCUCCUAGCCUUCUCAUCAAAUAUAGGGAAGGAAAUGGUUAAUAAGACAAUGUAGACUUGGUUAGAAGUCAUUCUUUGGGGCGAUUCCAAAUACAAAUCAAUAGCAGUAGUCCAGACCAAUCAGCAACAGGAAACACAAAGCAGUAGCAGCAGCUUGACCCACAAGAAAUCUCAAGGCUCUGAGGAAUCAGCAUGAGUCCUAAGAGAUGGCUGGCAGCAGCCAGAAUACCAUGAGAUGUUCUUUGGCAUGUUUCUCUUUAUGAAAUUAUGACAAGUGAAGAUCAGCGAAAACCAGCAAAGCAUUGCAGGAUGAACCAACACAAGAGCCUCCUUGCGUGUCUGUGGGGUUAUAUUUAUAUUCUUUCUAAAUAUCCUGUGCCCUCUCAAGUGUCUGCUCCAGCAAAGCAUUGCAUGCCCUCCCACAUGUCUGCUUCAGCAAAACAUCCUCAAAUAUGUCUGCUGCAGCAAAACAUGCUCUUACAAGACGGUUUCAAGAAAAACAUCAUGUGACUAGUCUCUUCUGGUUGGCGCCAGUACCAGGUUGCCUUGGGCGAGAAGUCAGUGGAAACCUCCCCUAGAGAACUCUCCAUGUGAUCUUAGGAUCACUGGUGUGUGGAGCACCACAUCGGUUCCAUUACAAUUGCCUGCAGCCUGAGAUAGCAUUAGAGAAGCAGAAAUCCGGCUUGACCAGGGGCACUAGUCCCUUCUGGUUGAUGCCAGCACCAGGUCGACUCGGACGCCGAUUCUGUGGACACCCCCACAGCCCCUAGAAGACUCUCCAUGCAAUCUUAGGAUCACUGAAGCAGAUACCUGAAGGAGAGACAUGCAGAGGCUGGGCUCCAGUCCAGUUGGGGCCACCCCCACCAUCUCUCUUCUGAAGCCCAGUGGAAGCCAGUGAGCACUCCAGAGGACACUCCAUGCUGCAGGACCUCAGGAUCACAGAAGAGGCCACUGAGCUCUGGAGAACUCUCUAUGCCACAGGUCUUCUGGCUCACCACGGGAGCUUGGUACC